AGAGCCUGGUACUCCAAGAUACAUUACAGCUCUCAUACCUCUCGUAGAGAUGAAGAUGAAUGGAAUUCAAGCCUCCCUCCUGGGGCUCCUGAUUUGUGUUGUUGCCCUGAGAACAUCAUCAGCUCAGACUGUGAAGCCGGGAAUGUGUCCUCCAGAGAGAUUCUUUGAGUCAUCAUUUCUUACAAUAACUAGAGAAUGUGAAAAUGACAAUAAAUGCACAGGAAACAAAAAAUGCUGCGAAGAUAAUGGAUACUCAAUCUGUAAACCACCUGCUGAAGAGAGGGCUGGCACAUGCCCUGAAAACCCCAAUAAAACCACUGAGCGACGUGUUGAUUUUUGCACCUCUGACAGCGAGUGCGCUCCUGGAAGUAAAUGUUGCUUGAAGGACGGUGGAAAGACCUGUCUGCCCUCUGUUGGAGAGAAAAAAGGUUCCUGCGGAAAACAGCCAUACUGUUUAAUUGCGGAACGUCCAUAUUGUAAUGGUGACACUGGAUGCUCGGGUGAUGAAAAGUGUUGCCAACCAGUAUGUACACAAAAAUGCAUGAAGCCGCUGUAAGAUUAAGGCCAGGACAAUGGACCAAAGACGUAUACAUCUUAUUACACCACGACAUACAAUGCUUCUUCUUUUUGCUUUCAUUGAUCUGUUAAUAUGGACUUCAUAAGUAUCAUUGUCUGAUUUAGAAUACCCAAAUACCUGAUGAGGGAAUUUGAGAUUAUUCAGGGUCUCCUUCAAUAAACCAAAGAGGAGAGUGGCUACAUAGAAAAUUAUUGCUCUGGAGGACCUGGCAUCUCUUUACAUUAUAUGGACAUGUUAUUGAUAGCACCAUGUCAUUACAUCUGAUCACUGGAGGGUACACCCUCUGAUAAGUUUAUUAUCUGGAGACCCUCUUGAUGGAAAUGGAUUUUCCAAAUUAUGACGAUCUCUUUAACAUAGUGGUUUACCUACCAGAGGUAGACUAGGACACAACCGUGGAAGAAAAUUGUUACCUUUUUAUAAUAUAUAUACUUUACACAACAGAUUUUCAGCAGGGUCAUUCUGAGAAGUUUACCUUAUGACAAAGCCAAAAGAUGUCACCAGCCACCUGCGGAAUUGCUUGUUUCUGCCCAUAGUAAUAUAUUGUCUAUUGUCAACUUUACUAUUGCUACUCAAGAUACCUACCAUGAGAGUUUCUGCAAAUUUUACUUGUCUGUCUUGUGAAGACACUUGUAAAUCUUUUUCUUUUUAAAAAAUGUUACCAAAUUUGCAAUAAAGGAAAAUAUAAAAAAAAA